AUGUAUUACUCAGCUUCCACCAUUGCGCUAGUCGCUUUCGCUGCCAACGUCCACGCCCAUGGAGUUGUCCUCGCCGCUGUUGGAGACUCGGGCCAGAGCCAGGGCUUCUUGGUCGACCAGAACCUGGCACGUAACUGCACCACCAUCUCGCCCUGCCAGCAGGACUCGACCAUCAUCCGCGACUCCGAGAUCAAGCAGAACAUCGUGAACGCGUGUGGCCGGACAGAGAUCAGCGGCAACAUCGAUAUCGGCGAGCAGACAGAGAACGAGCUGGCUGCCAACCGCAUGACCCAGGUCUCAUCCGGAAGUGUGAUGGCUGUGACCAUCCACCAGGUCAACGCUGAUGGCGCUGGGCCUUAUGAGUGCGAUCUCGACGAGACCAGCAACGCUCAAACCACGCUCACACCACUGAAGGUGGCCAAUAACGUCCCCGGUGCCAACGGACUCUCACAGGCCAAGGAGCAGGACUUCACCAUCAACGUCGCCAUGCCUGACAAGUUCAACUGCAUCGGCGCAUCGACUGGCAACAUCUGCACUGUCCGAUGCCGCAACACCGCCGUCGCAGGACCCUUUGGCGGCUGCUUCGCUGUCCAGCAGACCGACGGAGAGGGCCGUGACCCGACCGCUGCUGGUAAGUCGUUUGUUCCUCGAUCCAAAGUACACAGACUCACCUUCGCGUUAGGUGUCCAAACCGCACAAACGUUCGAGGGCAUCUCGGACCAGAUCCUGCAGAACCAGCAGGAUCUCCCCGUUGCCAUCGCAGCAAACCAGGCUGCUGGCGCUGCCGGUGGCAACGAGGGGGCAAGUGCCAUUUCUGCUCUCAUCUCCGCCACAGCUGCGCCCACGGUAGCCGAACAGACCGCCGCGGCAGGCAACGGCAACCAGAACCAGGACCAGAACCAAAAUGGAGGCGGUAACAACCAGAACGCGGGCGGUAAUGGCGGCAACAGAAACGGCCAGAAUGCUGGUGGUGAUGCUGGUGGUAAUGUUGGUGGUAACGCGGGCGGUAAUGCGGGCGGUAAUGCGGGCGGCAACCAGAACGCAGCCGGCGGAAACGGCAAUGCUAACGGCAAUGCUAACGGCAAUGCUAACGGCAAUGGACGCGGCGGACAGGCACAGGCAGGACAGGGACAACAGGGACAACAGGCACAGCAGGGACAACAGGCACAAGCAGGCCAGGGCGCACAAGGCCAGGGCGGACGUGGAGGACGUGGAGGACGUGGGGGCAACGGGCGCGGCAACAACAAGCGGUCCAGCAGCAAGUUCCUCACCAGGUUCCUCCUCUAA